AUGUUGCCCGUGCCGCUAGCCAUAGCCGUCGUCCUCCUUGGCGCACCCGCCACGUCGGCAGAGGCGAAACAUCAGUGGAGUGAUCCGACGGACUACUGCUACGAUUUUUUCGAAUCAUGCCUCGGAACCGACGUCCAGUGCGCCUUCUUCUUUGACAAGACGCCCGAGAAUUAUACCAGCCAGGAUGCGUGCUUCGAUGACCGUCUUGAGCGCGACCGCAAUCGCCCGCUCCUUCAAUGGCAUCUUCCGGCGGAUGACAAGGUGUGGCAUCAACAGCGGUGCAGACUGAAGAAUGACUGGUGCAUCGGAACCGAUGCCACCUGCGGCAAAAUCGUCAACGAUGCAAGGAGGGCUGGGUGCUUCAAUGCUCGGUCCAAAGGGCCCUGGUUGCAACCGAACUCGACGCAAUGCGGCAAAGGGUGGGAGACGGAGGAAUGCGACGGCACAGUGAAAUGGUGCAAAAAGAAGGCAAAGCUUUAUGGAUCGGAAUCGGCUUGUCUUGAAAAGCGAUUGGCCUUCCACAACGUCUACUCCCCAAGCUGCGACGGCUCCGUAUCCGAGCCUUGCAUGGGAACAAAGGCAUGGUGCGAGCGUCCAGAGGAGAUAGAGGCCAACGGCUCGCGAGAGAAGUGCGUCAUGCGCCGAGGGCCUCCGCCGCUGGGGCUCACCAAGUGGCUGGCUCGAGACGAGACGUGCCCCGCCCGCGCGAGGGAAGAAAAGUGCGUCGGAACCGAGUUGGCAUGCAUGUCGUACGUGCAACCGUCGCUCAGCCAAGACUGCCUCGCCACUCGAGAGUGGGCUCCUUGGUAUCUCGUCGACGGCACGGCCGCAGGCCAGGUCCAUGAUGCUUCGGCGACCGAGAAAGACGUCGGGACCGUCGUGUGGUGCGAACAGAAAUGGCAGCGGCUGAAAUAUGCCAACUCGGCGGCAUGCUUCGCCGCACGUGGCCCGCGGCCUGGGAAUCAGACGGCAGAUCUGUUCAGCUUGGUCAAGGCCGGCAUCAAGAAAAACGUUCGUGACACUGCGGCGAGCCUUGCGCUCACCGUCGCAAUUCAGAUGGUUAUGAAGGAGAAUGCAACGGCCAACGCUACCAUCAAGGCUAUCGAGGACGGGCUUCCCUUGUUCUUGAAUGCGUCGCGUCCAGUCGUCAUGGGUACCAUUGAUGAAGUUGUCCAAGGGCUCGAAAGCUCCUCCAAGGCCUUAGCUAGUACAUGA